GUGCGGCUCUUAGCGCUGUUGGCGACGACCACCACCGACAGCUGCCAGGGAUGCUGAAAAUGGAGAAGAAACAAGAAGAGGCCUCCAAAGCAGCUAAGCAGGAAGAGAAAAAGUCAAACAACUGGCCGACGCUGCUGGCCACCCUGAUUACCGGGCAGGUCCUGACGGGCAUGGGCCUCAACGUCGCCCUGCACAGCAUCCUGGUGGUUCAGGUGCCCCAGGACACGAACCGCUUCAUGGCCGACAACCAGCUCAACUGGGCGAUCGCCUCCUGCCCGCUGGGCGCCAUGGCCGGCUGCAUGCUCGCCAUGCCCGUCGCGCCUGUGCUGGGCGCCCGACGCCUGCUGAUGUUCUCGCAGCCGCUCUACGCGCUGGCUUCUCUGGUGGUCGCGCUGGGCCAGAGCUUCCCGCUGGUGCUGCUCGGCCGACUGGUGAUGUUUAUCAUGCUUGGCAUGUCGGAGACCACCGUACGAGGCUACGUGUCCGAAAUCGUGCCGCCGAACAGGCGCACGCUUUACACAGCUAUUCUGAACACGAUGGUGUUCGCCAGCCAGGCGAUCGGACUCCUUAUUGCACAAUACGUGCACUGGACGACAUUCCACAUCGGCGCCGGGUUCUUGCCUGCCGGCAUUUGUCUCGCUGGCCUGUACUUCAUUCACAACUCGCCCAACGGCUCGCUCUCCGGGCUGGGAUGCGCCACAAUUGCCGUCUUCUUCUACUUGCCCGAGGCUCUGCAGCAAACACUGGGCUGGGUCGUGCUGGUCGGCGCGACACUCACGCAGUAUUCUUUUGCAUGCAUUAUCGCCCCCAUCGCGCUCACCUACGUUAACGAACUCCUGCCGAACCGCACGCGAACCUUCUGCGCGAACAUCCUUAUGGGCAUGAUGAACACCAUGCUGUUCAUGUUCGUCAAGACGUUCUCGCCGCUGACGGAGCUGAUCGGUUUCGGUGGCGUCUUCCUCUUGCAUAUGGCAGUGAGUGGCCUGCAAGUGGUCUAUGCCACAUUCUGCUUACCCGAGACGAAAGGCCUUUCGCUGGAGCGCAUUCAGCACCUGUUUCAAAAAGUAGAGAAGGUAGCGGAAGCACCACUUCACGUGGGUGACACGGAGCAAGGGAACAAUGGCAAAGAUAACCCUGCACUGAAUGUAGCACCCUCCGAGUGGGCAUGA